UGUGUGUAAUUGGGCCGGCGUGAGGUCCAUGUUCACAAGGUCUGACCGCUGGCACCUGCUGCCCAGAUAGUUUCCACAUUGAGGAAUGCGAGGGGCGGCCUCGCUGUACGCGUCCUGCUGAUGCACUGGUUAUUCCUGUCAUUAUUUUAAUUUCCCCCGUCUUGAGAUCUGAGCUGGGGCAUCGCUGCUUUGGGAGCGCACUUCAUUCAGGCUGUGUGCGUCCCGGUGGGAGAAGGGGGAAUAAACAGUCAUGCCCCGUUCCUUCCUGAUCAAGAAACACUGCAGCACCAAGAAACCCAACUACAGCCAACUGGAGAUCCAGAAUGCCUCGGCUAUUUUGCCAUAUUUAUACGAGGGAUUGACAUUUCCACUGAUGGCACCGCCUGAGGUUCUCGCCCCCAUCAGUUGUGACCCACCAGCACUGUGGGACAGGGCUCCGAUCAGUCUCCAAAUGUGCCUGCCCCUGCCCCUGCCCCUGCCCCUGGAUGCUGAGAUUGGAACACAAGCAUCAUUCAGCAGCCAGCCGAGCCUGGAGAUCAGUGUGAAGGAAUGCCUGGCUGUCAGGGACAGCAACACCCCACUAAGGAACACUGUGAAUGACCUCAGCCUGUCCCUUUCCAAAAGAGCCAAGAGAAGGGAGACAAACAAUGGCACAUUUAAAGGAGACGGUGAAACACAGGAGAAAACCCUUGAGGUUGAAAGUACUGCUGAAGCAAUCCUGGAGAGGUUUGAGUGUUUUCAUUGUCACAAGGCAUACAAUACUUCAUCUGGUCUUUCUAAACACAGACAGCUGCAUUGUGAAUCACAGACUACAAAAUAUUUUAACUGCAAGUAUUGUGAUAAGGAAUAUGUCAGCCUGGGUGCAUUGAAGAUGCACAUAAGGACUCACACUCUGCCCUGUGUCUGCAAAAUCUGUGGCAAAGCCUUCUCGAGACCAUGGCUCCUCCAGGGGCACAUCAGAACACAUACCGGGGAGAAGCCGUUUGCCUGUCCACACUGCAGCAGGGCUUUUGCAGAUCGCUCAAACCUGCGCGCACAUCUGCAGACACACUCGGAUGUGAAGAGAUAUCAUUGCAAGAGCUGCUCAAAGACUUUCUCCAGAAUGUCUCUUCUAUCCAAACACAAGGAAGCCGGAUGCUGCCCCUUAUCUUGAUGCAAACUCUGUGAUAUUAUUACAUUCUGAUUUGAUAGCAGGCUGGA